UCCGCGCUGGGAUCUUCAGCUCCGCUCUGGGACAAGCCAACUCCGCGCUGGUGCCACAGCCCAGCAAUGAAGAUGGCAACUGAAUCCACUGGUUUAAAGGAAGUUAAAAAGCUGUUAAAACCCUUGGUGGAGAAGCGGAGGCGAGAUCGAAUGAACCGCAGCUUGGAUCAGCUCAAAACUUUUCUAUUGAAACACACCCAUAACGAGACUUUCCGGAAUGGUAAAAUGGAGAAGGCUGAAAUCUUAGAAAUGACAGUCCAGUAUCUGAAGACAGCGACACUCCCAAAUUUCCAGGGGCACGGCUCGGGGAUCCCGCGGCUCAACUACCAGGCCGGGUUUCAGGAGUGCCUCUUGCAGGUGACUACCUUUGUCCAGAGCUGUGCUUCCAUCAACGCGCAGGCCAAGAGCAGCCUGAUGGAGCGGCUGGCUGACUUUGUGGACCAACCAAGGGCGGAGAGCCAGAGCGGCCAGCAGGUCAACUGUGGGAGCGCUCGGAGAGCGGCUGCGGGGGCGUGCGACACAUGGCCCGGGCACACCUCCACCUUGAGGCCGCUGGCCGUAGUACCGGGGGUCGCUAUUAAUCGCCAAACACAGCAAAGUUCGCGCCUCCUGGCAAGCCAAGGCACCCCAUUACAGCAGGCACAGAACCCGGUCAGUGCCCAAACUGGGAACCACGAACUCGUUCGGCAGGGUUGCGCACACUUUGGGGAAUUCCCCCAGAAAGUGAUGGGCUGGCAAGGCCCCGUCUGUGAACAACAGAGUUCCAGCAAAGUGACUGUACCACACAGCGUUUGGAGACCCUGGCCUUAA